AUGGAUCCGUUCAUAAGCGCACUUUUUGAUGCGACGGACUGCCAGCUGUGGAAGCCACCGAAGCGAAGACCGCGGGAGCCAGCACCGGCGCGGCACCUGGAUAGUUUCCUCUUGCUUGUGAAGCACGCCUCAGAUCUUGGGGACGGUGACGCCUUCCGGAACAGGUUCGGUCGGGUCGGUCUCUGGCCGAACGGACCCAGAGGUGGGCCGUCAGGACCCGGCAUUGAGGCGGCGACCGAGGGAUAUGGGGCAUCUGGACACACGGACGGAUACAUGUCGGGACAUACUUACGGGACGCGUAUGAGACACAGUCGGAGUUUGCCGCACCAGCGAAUCGGGCCGUCCGACUCGGCCCUGGGUGUCCCCGGGGCGGGCGGUGCAGCCGAUGGUGUUGUUCUGAUCCGGUCGCCGGGUCAAGUGGACGGCCAACUGACCACAGACGACAUGGCCAUGUCUUCCAGUCCGGGUUCAGUCUCAGGCGCAGUCUCCGUGUCGGAAGCAGUCUCGGUCUCCGUUCCCGCCCCUCUCCCACUCCGCCGAGACCCUCAGCCACUCGAACAGCGCUGGGACUGGAAUUCUGGCGCAGACACCGCCCCCGACUCCGCCCUACCCGAGACCAACCGUCCGCGACCAGCCGUGGCCAAACACCCUGCUCUUCGCAAGGACAUCAAGCGCUCCUGUCCCACCUGCGGUUCCACCAACACGAGCCAAUGGCGCGUCAUCUCCGGUCUCGUCCAUUGCAAUGCCUGCUACGCCAAACUUAGACGCUGGCUACAACGCAACCGCAAAUCAAUGUAUAAACCAGCUGACACAAUGCAAGGCUUCAAAGCCAUAACCCAUGGUGGCAUGGUCUAA